UUACAUAAUAAAAAAAAAAAUAAAAUAUAAAAACACACAUUUGUAAAAUAAUGAUUGUUUGAAGCAUAUUAGGACGUGUUUGAUACUUGUUCAGGCAGGUCUCGGGUCAGUCUGAGGGCGGACGCCGUGCGGAAGAUGACCGUUCAUAACUUAUACAUAUUCGACCGCAACGGCUCCUGCCUUCACUACAGCGAGUGGAACCGCAAGAAACAGGCGGGAAUCUCCAAAGAUGAGGAGUUUAAGCUGAUGUACGGGAUGCUGUUCUCUAUCCGAUCCUUCGUCAGCAAGAUGAGUCCGCUGGACAUGAAAGAUGGCUUUCUGGCGUUCCAGACCAGCCGCUAUAAGCUGCAUUAUUAUGAAACCCCGACUGGGAUCAAACUGGUGAUGAACACGGACCUCGGCGUGCCGAACUGCAGAGACACACUGCAGCAGAUCUACAGCACCCUGUACGUGGAGUACAUCGUGAAGAACCCGCUGUGUGUGCUGGGAGAGACUCUUCAGAGCGACCUGUUCAACACCAAACUGGACUCUUUCAUCAGAGCGCUGCCGUUCUUCAGCGUCCGCGCGGCCUGACCUGAUGCUUCAUCUGUUUAUACUGAACGUCUGCUUCCUCGGUUCCUUUUGUUAAAUAUCGCUGUAAAAAGAUUCUUUCUCACAAAACUGAUCAAAAUAAAUGAUUCAUUUUUGACACCUU